AAUAUCGCACUCUCAAUUAUAACAUCAAAUGGACUUUGUAAUUGUGUUUUGUGUGCCAUUGUUGGUUUGCUCUAAUCUUUAUAGAAUGGAACUAGUUUUAACCUUGGUCUUGCUCUUGAUAAUGGUUGUCUCUGGUUCUUCACGAACGUUCUUCAACGUAAUAAAUUAUUGAGCUGUUGGAGAUGGCACUACAGAUGAUUCCCAUGCUUUUAAAAGGGCAUGGGAAGCAAUUUGUGGAGCUACAACAAUAAAUCCAACUCUCUACAUUCCCCAAGGAAAGACAUUCUUGCUAUAUCCUAUUUCCUUUCGAGGCCCUUGCAAUUCCUACAUUCAUGUAAUGGUUUUGGGAAAUAUUGUUGCACCUAAAGACACAUGGGCAUGGGAAGGACAUGACCAAGAAUAUUGGAUCUCUUUUGCAAGGAUUAAUGGACUUUAUUUGCAUGGAAAUGGACAAAUUGAUGGUCAAGGCUAUAAUUGGUGGCAGUCUUGCCCUGGUUUGGAACGAUGGAGCUGCAAACGACCUGCUGCAUUGGUUUUCUUUGAAUGUAUUACUUUGAAACUCAAUGGAUUGAAGCAUUUAAAUAGCCAAAGAAGCCAUAUCUCAAUAGCAAAGUGUAAGAAUGUGAUCCUUUCUCACCUCUACAUAAACGCCCCUGAAACAAGCCCUAAUACUGAUGGUAUUGAUAUCGCCUACUCUACAAAUGUUAAGAUUCUUCAUAGCUACAUUGGAACUGGUGAUGAUUGUAUUGCAGUUAACGCAGGCAAUUCUGACAUCAACAUCACUGGUAUAACAUGUGGCCCAGGACAUGGCAUAAGUAUUGGGAGUUUAGGUGUAGGAAAACAUAGAGUAAAAGUGGAGAAUGUUCAUGUGAAAAAUUGUAUUUUCAACCGAACUUUAAAUGGAGCAAGGAUCAAAACAUGGCCAGGAGGUCGUGGAUAUGCCAAGAGGAUCUCAUUCAAGAAGAUUAAACUUUAUGAAGUAACCAAUCCCAUUGUAAUUGACCAAUUUUACUGUCCUUACAAACAAUGCAAUACGAAGGGCUCAGCAAUUCAAAUUAGCCAUGUCUCAUACUCAAGAUUUGAAGGGACAUCAAUUAAUAGUAAAGCCAUCAACUUCAGUUGUAGUCGAAAACAAAGCUGCACCAAGAUUGUACUCAACCAUAUUCGUCUAACAUCUACAGAAGCAGGCUACAACACUUACUCAUAUUGCCACAAUACUCAUGGAAUGUAUCAAGACUCUAUUCCUAAAGUAGAUUGCUUGUUACAUUAAUUAAUUAAUUAAUUAAUUAAUUAAUUCUAAGAAUAAUUAAAAUCAUCAUGAUGUAUUUGAUGAAUUUUUUUUAAGUGUGAAUGAUUACUAUGAAUAUGAAAGGGAGGUGGUAGGAGCUUAAUUGAGAGAUUGCAUUGUUGUGUUUGUAAUUAAAAUCAUGCUCAAUGA